CGCGGAUUCCGGGAGAGGUGGUUUAGAUGUUGUUGCGGUGAUGUUUCGCCUCGUCGUAAACGGAAUAUCCAGCGACUAUGGCGUGCAAGACGGAGUCCGGUUCGCGAAACUUGUCGGUGAGAUUAGUUGCAGUUGUGUGUGCAGCCAUUGGAUUUGCCGUCUACGUUAAUAGUCUCGAUUGCGGAUUUUGUUUCGACGACUUAUCAGCAAUCACUGAAAACCAAGAUUUGAGACCAGAUACUCCGUGGGUGGAGUUACUCCGAAAUGAUUUUUGGGGUACCCCAAUGCACAUUGAGGGAAGUCACAAGUCGUAUCGGCCUCUGACGGUGGCCACUUUUCGGCUGAACUACAUGCUGCACGAGCUGGAGCCGCUGGGCUACCACUUGGUGAACGUGCUCCUGCACAGUGCAGUGGUCUACCUGUACGUACUGCUGUGUGGUGUGGUCUUCAGUGAAGUGUGGCCGGCACUGAUAGCUGGACUACUGUUUGCAGUCCACCCCAUACACACUGAGGCGGUAGCAGGGGUGGUUGGAAGAGCCGAAACACUCUCGGCUAUUUUUUUCCUACUUGCUCUCUUCACCUACAAGAGAGCUGCCCUGGGAAAAGGCUGGCAGUGGAUUUCUCUAACUCUCCUCAUGGCAGUGAGCUCGGUGCUGAGUAAAGAGCAAGGCAUCACUGUCGUUGCAGUUUGCUUCACAAUCGACGUCUUCCUCGUCCAAAAACUGGAUUUAUGGUCACUGCUAUCAUCUCUCACAUCUUUAACCCCCUCGAAACCCUUGCCUCCUCGUUGGCUCCGCCCACUGCUGCUCCGCGGCGCCCUCCUGGCUGUGUUCACCAUGGCGAUCAUGGUUGUCAGGGUGAAGAUCAUGAAAGCUGAACUCCCCGUCUUCACAAACCAUGACAACCCGGCGGUAACCUUGGAGAUGCCAUACCGACAGCUCCACUGGACCUAUCUCUGUUUCGUCAACUCCUGGCAGCUUCUCAACCCUUCUUUCCUCUGCGCCGACUGGACCAUGGGGACGAUCCCUCUCAUUACCUCAUUCAACGAUCCACGAAAUUUGCUCACCGUGGUUACUAUCGUUGCUAUGGCGAUGCUCUGUCUCUAUGGGGUGUCGGAAAGAGCUCACAAAUCGGUCGUGGUGGCUCUUUCGUUUAUUGUCUUCCCCUACCUCCCGGCCUCCAACCUCUUCUUCCCCGUGGGCUUUGUAGUGGCUGAGAGAGUCCUCUACCUACCUAGUAUGGGCUUCUGCAUGCUGGUCGGCUUCGGGGCCUGGAAGAUGCUGGCAAAAACCGGUUCCAAACCGGUAAAACUCGUCCUCGUUUCAGGUCUCGCAUUUGUUUUGCUGGCUCACUCGUCGAGAACCCUCGUCAGAAACAGGGAUUGGUUUUCAGAUGAAACUCUUUUCCGAGUGUCGGUACGUGACAAUCCGUCCAACGGCAAAGUCUACAACAACCUCGGACAUGAGAUGGAGAGGAGAGGGAAUACAUCGUUUGCCGAGAGACUGUUUCGCAAGGCGGGCGAGGUGCAGCCGGACGACGUCGGGGCAUUCAUCAACCUCGGACGCACCUUGAAACAACUGGGGAAAUUCGAGGAGUCGUGAAAAGGCGUACCAGGAAGCAAUAGAGUUAAUGCCGACGGGUAAGACGUUUCGAGUGGCCCCGAGUCACAUCAAUGUGUAUUACAACCUGGCAAACCUCAUAAAGUCAGACCCACUCCGCCUGCAAGAGGCGUACAAUCUCUAUCAGACUGCAAUCUCGAUGAAGCCCGAUUUCAUCGAGGCCCAUCUGAACAAGGGCGACGUGCUGCUAAAACUGAAUCGGACGCGCGACGCCAAGACUUCGUUCGAAAAGGCCUUACACUACAACCCGCGGUACACCGAUGCCCUGUUUAACCUGGGGACGGCUCAUCUUCAACUGGGAGAGAAGACGGAAGCAGAGAAGUGUUACCGACAGGCGUUGGCAAUGGACUCUCGUCACUCCUACUCCAUGCUGAGUCUGGCUCUCCUGAUCAAGGACGACGAGGAGAGAGAGAGAAAGGAAGAGGCUGAAACUCUACUCCGGGAAGUAUUGUCAGUGGAUCCUAGAAACAGCCGUGCAAGUUUCCACCUCGCUCUUGUCUACGUCGACCUUCAGCAGAUCGAGAAAUCCGAGGAAUUGUUUAAACGGACGCUCUCCCUCGAUCCCGAGUACCGCAGUGCCCUGUACAACCUCGGUCUCCUCUAUAAUCACCUCAAACGCUACGAGGAAGCCGUGGAAGUGUUGACGAAGUUCGUGGACCUUCAGCCGGACCACGCCUCGGGGGCUCAGGUCCUGGGGGAUUGUUUCAUGAGAUUGUCGCAGCGAGACAGGGCAGAGGAGAUGUACGAGAUGGUUCUGCGGAGACAUCCAAAUCACACCAUUGCACUGCACAACCUGGGAGUGGCUAAAGCGGAAGCUGGAAAUUUCACUGAAGCGAUCCGACUGUUCUCACGGACUCUGGAACUGGACCCGCGUCACAAGGCAGCGAGACGACAUCUGGAACAGGCAAAACAGCAGCUCGAUUCCACGGCAACCACCACAAACACCAGGAGAAACAGAAGAUGACCACACCCACCAUUUAUCCCUGUAGGAACAUGAAUAUGUUUUGUAAGCAUCCAGAUUCUGGUAGGGUGGCUUUUUUUAAUUUUUUGGUGAUUUUUGAAUUCAUUCCCCC